UUUGCUCAGUACGGAACAUGUUCCCAGUCUUCCUCUGGUGCACAAAGCCGCUGACUUCAUUCAUGUAAACAGGACCGCCGGUUUGCUCAGUAAGAGUCCGUAACUUGGAGCUUUAUGCUAAACAGGAACAACCUGAAUCAGGUGAGAUUUAUUGUGGGUGAGACAAUUUGUGGCCUUUAGAGAAAUUUAUCCAUUGUCACACUGAGAAACCGCAGAAGGUGCUCUGCACACGUCUAGAAAGAAACUGCAGAGUGUCUUCCCCAGGGAAGGGGCUUGGGUGCUAUACAAGAUGUUUGUGCUUCGUGAACCCCAGCAGCUUCAGAUUUUGUAUGAAUCCUUGGAAGAGAGCAUCCCUGAGUCCUUGAAGGUGUAUGGCACCCUUUUCCACAUUAGAAAUAAAAACCCGUUCAACCUAGAGGUGCUGGUGGACGCCUGGCCAGAGUAUCAGACAGUCGUCAUACGGCCUCAGAAGGAGGAGAUGAAGGAUGACCUGGAUUAUUAUACCAACACUUACCACAUCUUCACCAAAGCUCCUGACAAGUUAGAGGAAGUCCUAGCGUGCCCGCAGGUCAUCAACUGGGAACAAGCCUUCCAGAUUCAAGGAUGUCAAGAGAGCUUGGGCGAGGCAAUACAAAAAGUUGCAGCUUCAAAAUCAGUGCAGGUGGAUUAUCUGAGAACCGUGCUUUUUGUGUUUGAAAAACCAACACUCGAGGCAUCGAGUGGUGACAAGAUGGAUUUGAUGAAGUUAUUAAAAAUUCCUAAAGUGCUUGAAGAUAAAAGGAAAGAAACCUUUCAGAACAUCGUCUUGGAUGUCUCGCAUGCAAGGCUUGUGAAUGAGCAAUGGGAAUUGGGAAAAAACGAGAAGAGCUUGAAAUAUGUUGAACGCUGUCUCCAGAAUUUUACAGGAUUUGGUGUUCUGAAUUCAGAAGGGAAACCAAUCUCUUGGUUUCUGACAGAACAGUCCUGUGAGAUAAGAAUGGGUUACACUUUCCCCAAAUACCGAGGCCAAGGCCAUAUGUCGCAAAUAGGUUGCCAGAGUAUAGCAUAUUUUUUUUCCAAAAAAAUACCAUUUUAUCUGCAUGUGGCAGAAGAUAAAGAAAAAUCUCAACAGAUAUUGCUCAGUUUUGGUUUCAAGAAUGCUCUUUGCGGCUGGCAUCAGUGGAAAUGCACCCCUAAGAGAUACUGCUGAUGGUGCUAUUGUCCAUUUCAAGUGUUUCUUAUCAGGGAAAAAACAUCAGUGCAAACAAACAUGGUACUCUACACGAGCAACAAAGCCAUCCACUUAUCUGGGGCUCAGGCCCUGCUCAGGCCACACUGCUAUAAUAGUUUUGUCUUCUUUCUCUUGUAUAUUGCAAAACACUAGAAGCUUGGCUCCUUGCUGUCAUGCUUUUCCUUUACGGUGAGAAAUGUCUCAGAGCUGAAAUUACCCAGUGUCAGUCAUUAGUGCUAACAUAUCCCAUUUUCUUCUUUGAAGAAGACUUCUUUCGGGGAAGAAUUUUGCUUUUUCAUGCUUCUAAUUUGAAAAUAAAAUGUCUCCUUGGAAGUCUC